AACAAAGACACUGAUUUAAUCGUGUUGGUUGCUCCUGCUGACCUCACGUCUUUUGGUCCUUCAGGCUCUCCGUACCGAGAUAAGAUCACUAUUGCCAUCCUGCAGCUUCAGGAGGAAGGGAAGCUGCACAUGAUGAAGGAGAAGUGGUGGAGAGGAAACGGCUGUCCAGAGGAGGAGAGUAAGGAGGCCAGCGCCCUUGGGGUGCAGAACAUUGGAGGGAUCUUCAUCGUCUUGGCCGCCGGACUCGUCCUCUCCGUGUUCGUGGCUGUGGGAGAGUUCCUUUACAAGUCCAAACAGAAUGCACAACUUGAAAAGAGGUCCUUCUGCAGUGCCAUGGUGGACGAGCUGCGGGUUUCCCUCAAGUGCCAGCGCCGGCUCAAACACAAGCCUCAGCCGCCUGUCAUGGUGAAAACGGAGGAGGUCAUCAACAUGCACACCUUCAACGACCGCAGACUGCCAGGGAAAGAGACCAUGGCCUAAAAUCGGAAUCGCAAUCACUUUAUCACCCUCUCUCCUGCAGAGAGGUGUGCAGAGACACUGGGGAAAAGGGUGGGGGUAAAUGGUAAGGGG